GGCUGCUGCAGCCCUCAGCUCCAGUCCUGGCAUCUCCCUGAGGAGACCACAGUGCCUAGAGCCCGGCCUUUCUCCCGGAGGCUCCGAGCCCUGCUGGGAACCAUGCUCGCGACGCAGCUCAUCUGUUGGCACCUGCUGGCUCUAUUUUUCCUCCCACUUUGCCUGUGUCAAGAAGAAUACGUGGAGGUGAGCGGAAGACCUAAGAAAGUGGUGGCGAGAAUAGUACAAAGCCAUCAGCAGACUGGCCGUAGCGAUUCCAGGAGGGAGAAAGUGAGAGAGCGGAGCUAUCCUAAAACUGGGACUGUGGAUAAUAACACUUCUGCAGACCUAAAACCCCUGAGACCAGAUGAGCUACCGCACCCCGAGAUAGAUGACCUAGCCCAGAUCAUCCCAUUCUGGGGCCAGCCUCCACAAACCGGAGGACUGCCCCCGGACUGCAGCAAGUGUUGCCAUGGAGACUACGGCUUCCGAGGCUACCAAGGCCCCCCUGGACCUCCAGGCCCCCCUGGCAUUCCAGGAAACCAUGGAAACAAUGGCAAUAAUGGAGCCACUGGCCAUGAAGGGGCCAAAGGUGAGAAAGGAGACAAAGGUGACCUGGGGCCACGAGGGGAGCGAGGGCAGCAUGGCCCCAAAGGAGAGAAGGGCUACCCCGGCGUUCCACCGGAACUGCAGAUUGCAUUCAUGGCUUCUCUUGCAACUCACUUCAGCAAUCAGAACAGUGGGAUUAUCUUCAGCAGCGUUGAGACCAACAUUGGAAACUUCUUUGAUGUCAUGACUGGUAGAUUUGGGGCCCCAGUAUCAGGUGUGUAUUUCUUCACCUUCAGCAUGAUGAAGCAUGAGGAUGUUGAGGAGGUAUACGUAUACCUUAUGCACAAUGGCAACACAGUCUUCAGCAUGUACAGCUAUGAAACAAAGGGGAAAUCAGAUACUUCCAGCAACCAUGCAGUGCUGAAGCUGGCCAAAGGGGACGAGGUUUGGCUAAGAAUGGGCAAUGGAGCUCUCCACGGGGACCACCAGCGCUUCUCCACCUUUGCAGGUUUCCUGCUCUUUGAAACGAAGUAAACGCAUGAAAAAACCAGCUCCACUUUGGGGAGGUCUUGUAGCUGAGCUGGUUUUGUUAUGAUGUGAGAAAUGGUAGAGUUGAGGGAUCCACAUGCUGCAUUACAAAACAAAAAAAAAUUAUUGGUUACAUUUGCUAAUCAUGCUACAGGUAGACCAAUAAUGUUGGAUGACUCAGGGGCUCAGAAGAACAUAACCACAACUCAGUCUUCCCAAGUGAUCUUGACUCAGCACCUUUACCCUUCUUUCCUAAACACCUAAAGGAGAAUUUCCCUGUCAAGCAGGUUGGAGACAAUUAUAUCCAGCAGAGAAGUCAUUUGCAAAGAGUUUUGACUGCUGAACACUAAUUUUGACACCAGCUUUCAGGAACCUCUGAAGUCUUGAGUUCAGCCUUUUUUAUAACCUUUCAGAGAAGAGGAGCAGUGAUUAUGAUCAUGGUGGGGCAAGGACAGGGCACUUGCCAGGACCUAGGCACCAAAAUAUUGCAAAACCUAGAUUGAGAAAUAACACUUUGUUCCACUGGGUUAGGAUUCAUGAAUAAAAUAUAAAGGUUUGCUAGUAAUUCCAGAUAGCUUUAGAUGGCAAAAGCAUUCACAAUGCCAACAAUGAUUUGGCUCCUCCUUUUUUGUAAGGAAACCUCUGAAAUUAACUGUCUUCUAAUUGCUUACAAUUUGGAAAUAGAAUUUUCUCAUGAUCCAGACUUGGUUUAUCAGAUUUAGCUUUUCAGAUUGACUAAUUUUUUUAAACAUUGUUUUAUUGUGGUAGAAAUAUAUAUAACAAAAUGUUUACCAAUUCAACAUUUUUUGUGUGCAAAUAUCUAUGUAACAAAAUAUUUGCCAUUUCAACAUUCUUCACAUGUACAAUUCAGUGACAUUGGAUAUGUUCAUCAUGUUGUACAACCAUCACCACCCUCCUUUUCCAAAUUAUUCCACCACCAUUAACAGAAACUCAGUGCCACCUGAGUAAAGACUUCUCCCUUCUUGCUCCUUCCCCUGGUAACCACUAAGCUUUGAUCUCUAUACACUUGUCUAUUCCAUAUGAUGAAACCAUAGAAUAUUUGUCCUUUUGUGACUGACUUAUUUGACUCAGCAUGUUUUCAAGAUUCAUCCAUGUUGUAGCAUAUAUCAGAACUUCAUUUCUCUUUACAGCUAAUAUUCCACUGUGUAUAUAUACUACAUUUUGUUUUUCCAUUCAUCUGUUGACGGGCAUUUGUUUCCACCUUCUGGCUAUUGUUAACAGUGCUGCAAUGGACAUUGGUGUACAAAUUUCUGUUUUUGUAUCCUGCCUUCAAUUCUUUGAGGUAUAUACCUAGGAUUGGUAUUCCUGGGUCAUAUGAUAGUUCUGUGUUUAACUUUUUGAGGAACUGUUUUCCACAGCAGUUGUACCAUUUUAUGUUCCCACCAGCAAUGGAUGAGAGUUCCAGUUUCAGACUGACUCUUUGCCACUGCCUUUUUUAGAUUGGAGUAGAUCCGUGUUGACUCUGGCCUGCAGAACCAGUUGAGGUCAGCUUAAGGCCAUAUAGAACGGAUGGUUAUCACCUUCUUUUCAAUCAAUUUGGAAGUUUCUCUAAUAAACUGUAUAUACGCACUGACAUGCCAUGUUGAAGGUGCUGGAAACUUAAUUACAUACAGUCAAACCGACACAAAGUCUAAGGGUAUUCCAUUGAAGAGACACACAGGAGAUCUCCUAACAUUCUAUUGAAUCAAAAUGACAUGACUUCCUUGAUUAUCAUAUUUAAUCAACAUUCACAGAGCAGCUACUGAGUACCAAGUAUUGUAGGAGGUACCACAUGACUUUUCUCUAUCCCCUCCCCACCAUGAAGUCUAUUUUCAAAGGAUUACGAUUUGCCACCAAAAUGAUCAUCACAAGAGUGUGUUCUAAAUUCUGAAGAUGGUUUCCAAGGAGAAGUUCUUAGUUUAUUUUAGACAAAGAAAGCAUCAUUGGCAGAUGUGUUUACCUGAUGUUGAAUCAUAUUUAAAAUGCACUAGAGAGCUGCCUAUCUGAAAAAUAUCGUAGAAAUAAUGAGCCCUUAAUUUAUUUUCUGUUACGAUAGGAAUUUUCACAUAGGCUUCCUAACUAUGGCUUAGCUCACUUAGUGCUAUUAGCUAACAUAGUGCUUUCAUGCUCAGUUCAACCUUGGACCCUUUUACUUUGAUCUACAAAUAUUUUUAAACUCAUCCUGGAUCCAUAUGCAACACUAUUUUCAGGUAAAUGGCUAUUAGCUAUAAUGUGCUUGACUAGUAAUGCUGUUGUGAUUUUGUAUAUGUUUUUUCCACCCAGGGCUAUUGGGGUGUGGUAUUAGUAUUCCCAAAUGUCAUAUAGAUAUUUCAUCGAAGGGUAUUUCCAGUAGAUAUUUGAAUGUUACAUGUUGCCCAAAAGGGAGCUCCAUGUCUGAAGAAAUACAAUUUACUAAAGUGACUAAGAGGUUUUGGCAUGCUGUUACAUAAAACUGGCAAGAAAAAUGUAGUAAGCAAUAUAUGAAAUAAAUACCACCUUUGCCAAAUGUACUGUUUUUAAAUGUUUUCAAUAAAGGUUAAUUGUAAUAAUUGUAAAA